ACCGUGACCGUGAACCCACAGCACACCGCGCGGCGCGGGCCGAGGAAGACUUGACGGGGACGCGCCACGUCGCCGUCUACGGGUCCUACCUCUCGUUCUCAUCACCAUCAUCAUCCAUCCGCGAGGGAGGAAGAGAGGAUAAAAUAAAGAGAGGAAUUCUGCCGAGGGGGAAGAGGAAGAGGAUAAACAAGUAGCGGGAGGGAGCGGUGGUGGUGGUGGGUGGCAGGCAGAUCCCGGAGCUCCGCGCGCAGGGAGCACACGCUUUUCGUCUCGUCUUCUCCCCUUUUCGAGAUCUCGCCAGUUGGGAUUUUGAAGCUCUGCUUCUUGAUACUCAUCUGAUCUGGUGGCUAUUUGUAUGAGUUCACAAGACAUUCGACAUGAAGCUUUUAGAAUACACCCCGUUCGACCGUGUAAAUGUGUUCCUCGAUCAACUAAACCUUGGUGAUUGUACAAUUAGGGGAAGCCUUGAAGCCUUCUCAUGCAAGCAUGCAGGAAAUGAUCGCCGGCUUUCAAUCAGCCUGGAACACGAGAUUCUUGAUUACCUUGGCAAGUCUUCUGAUAGUGAUCCUCCUUCACCUGUGGAGCAUUUGUCUUGUAGAUCCAGCCGGAAAACGUUGAUAUAUCUAGUUCUCACUCUUGGCCAUAUGUAUCCAGAUUAUGAUUUCAGUGCUGUUCGGGCACACCUAUUCUUCAAAGAAGAAGACAUGGAAAGUUUCAAGCAGAUGGUAGACAACUACUUAUCGGAGGCUUCUAGGCUCUGGGCAGCAAGAAAUGAAGGCAGUUCUCUUCUGGACAGUAUGACUAAAGCUAUUGAUGAGGUCAUCAAAAUCAGGGAGUGUGACAUCUACAGCUAUAACCCAGACUCUGACGGAGAUCCAUUUCUAGAGAAAGGGGCCAUAUGGUCGGUGAACUUUUUCUUCUACAACCGGAAGCUAAAGCGAGUAGUGAGCUUUCGCUGCUGCUGUACUAGCAAAUUUGCAGGAGAUGACUUCCUUGCUGGUGCACUCUCGGAUGGAGAGGAGGAAGAUGCGUUGAUCGACAUGGACAUAUGACUGACUCGGUUCGGCUAGGAACAUGACCAACCAACCAGUGUGACCUGCUUGUGUAAUAUACAGCUCGUAUGGCGACAGUUCCCGGUAGGAAACUACGUAUGGCGGCAGUUCCCUGUAGGAACUUUUAGUGUGACUUUGUUUGUCUGUUUGGAGAGCACACGCUUUUGGCCUCUAUUGUUUAUCGUCCAUGUUUGUAGAUACAAGAUUUAACUUCAGUCUGCCAAACUUCAACUGGCAUAGUUUGUCCCUUUGGUCUGGACUCUGGAGACAUGUUUCUAGGAAUUUGGCUUCAGUUUGCAGUCUUAUGUAUGUAAAUUGGAUUCUUGAAUUUGAACCAUUCUCUGUACUUAUCCA